AGCUUCUUUCCUUCCACCCUGGGCUGUGGCUUCCGAGGCUGCUGUGGCCAUGGGGCUCCUGGAGCCAGCUGGGGCGAGGGAGCCUGGUGACUCUGAUCUCCCCUGGGGGUGCAGGAGGUCCAGCCAUGCCAGUCUUGAAGGAUGCCAUGCCCCUCAUGAAGGAGCCCCAUCCCCUGCCUCAGGCCCCGCUUCCCUGGAUCCUCCCAAGCCUGUUUGCUGCCUUCAAUGUGGUGCUGCUGGUAGUUUUCAGUGGCCUUUUCUUUGCGUUCCCUUGCAGGUGGCUGGCCCAGAAUGGGGAGUGGGCUUUUCCUCUUGUCACAGGCCUCCUCUGUGUCCUCACCUUCUUCAGUCUCGUUUCACUCAAUUUCUCAGACCCGGGCAUCUUGCAUCAAGGCUCCAAUGAACAGGGCCCCAUGAUGGUGCAUGUGGUGUGGGUGAACCAGAGGGCCUUCCGUCUGCAAUGGUGCCAAAAGUGCUGCUUCCACCGCCCGCCCCGGACCUACCACUGUCCCUGGUGCAACGUCUGUGUGGAAGACUUUGACCACCACUGCAAAUGGGUUAAUAACUGCAUAGGUCACCGCAACUUCCGCUUCUUCAUGCUGCUGGUCCUGUCCUUGUGCCUCUACUCGGGUGCCCUGCUGGUGACCUGCCUGAUCUUCCUGGUGCGCACAACCCACCUGCCCUUCUCCAUGGACAAGGCCAUGGCCAUCCUGGUGACCGUACCCGCCGCCGGCUUCCUGGUGCCACUCUUCCUGCUGCUGCUGAUCCAGGCCAUGUCGGUGAGCGCGGCCCAGCGCUCCUGCGAGGGUAAGUGCCGAUACCUGCAGGGAUACAACCCCUUCGACCACGGCUGUGCCAGCAACUGGUAUUUAACAAUUUGUGCACCGCUGGGACCCAAGUACAUGGCUGAAGCUGUCUGGCUGCAGAGAGUGGCGGGGUCUGACUGGGUGCCCAUGCAGAACCUGCACUUCCCAGUGUGCCCCUCGGUGCUCAGUCCCCCAGCCCUCCCAGAGCCUGGCUCUGGCCCCCAGCCCCAACCUCUGAGUCUCCACAAACCAGGGAAGGUUCCCUCAGGGAGAGGCUCUAGCCCUCCAGGAGGUUCAGAGCUGCUACAUUAGGAGGUGAUGAUGGGCACUAACCACGCUGCUUCCUGCCACCCUCGUUGCCAGGCGAGCUCAGGAUGUGGUGAAGGUGAGAGGAAGGCAUGUCAGCAGAGGACCAGGUGAACACCUCAGGGUCCCAUGGAGGUUUGUGUGCCUGUAUGUGUAUUGUGGGGGUGGCAGGAGCUCAUCCUUUGGGGGUGCCAGCCCAGCCUGGAGAGGUGGGCGACCCACAAUGCAGGACGUGACUUCAGUUCUCUAUAUGCUGAGUGCCUCUCGCUGCUGCCCUUCCUUCUUCCUCCUCCCUGGAAUGUCCAUGGCGGCUUUGGGCCCUUCCCUGUCCAGCCCCAGCUUUACCCCUGGCUCUGGCUCUGGCUCUGGCUCUCUGGGCCCCUGAACAGUCUUGCUCAACCCCAAGGACUACAGCUCUUUCUUGCCCCCUUUGCCCUGGUCUCAUGGACUCCCCAUGCCAAGCGCUCUCGGUGUUCAAGCCUUUUCUCAGCUCUCACCCCUGCUUAACUCAGAGUUAACCUUGGGUUCUGGGAGGGGUGCAGGGUACUCACUGGCAUACAGAAAGGCAGCCUAGUUUUGGCCUUGUUGUAAAUGGCUUCGGUGGCCACAUUUAAAAGUCUUAGGGCCAGCAUUUACAAAUAAAGGUGAAGCAGUCGUAUCUGUCUGGGAAGCCUGCAGUCCAGGGGUGCCUGGGGAGGGGAAGAGGGCAUGAGGCCUUUUGAGCCCCCAACCCCAGGGGUGUAUGUAGUGUAUGUGUUCAUCACCUGUCUGGGUGGUUUCAGAGGGCACAGCUCAGCCCUGGCUGCCCAGCAGUGAGGAGAGUUGCAGGCCUGCUCCCAGAUGGGAGUCCUCUGAGCCUGGGCCAGAGAAGAAGAGAACCCAGGAAUCCUGAGCCAAGGCCUGGAUAUUCAGGGAACUGGCUGAGUACCCAGGUGGUGCCUGCCUGGAGCCCCAGCUCUGCCGGGGCCUGAGAAAGCCAGGCCCCAGGGUCUGGAAGGCCUAGUCCUGCUCUGCCACAUGGCCUGUUUCUCUGCUGCCCUGCCUGGUUCAGAGCCUGGCGACUGGUCAUUAGGACUGAACCUCCUGGGUCACUGCCCCCAGGUGUACAGGGGACUCACCCCCUCUCCAACAGGGCUUUCCAAGUCUUUAUAAAAUUUUUUUUAAUGUUUAUUUUUGAGAGAGACAGAGAGAGAGACAGAGCAUGAGUUGGGGAGGGACAGAGAGAGAGAGGGACACAGAAUCUGAAGCAGGCUUCAGGCUCUGAGCUGUCAGCCCAGAGCCAGAUGCGGGGCCCGAAUUCAUAGGCUGUAAGAUCAUGACCUGGGCUGAAGUUGGAUGCUUAACCAACUGAGCCACCCAGGCACCCCAGGGCCUUCCAAGUCUUAAGCUAGGUGUGAGUCAUCUCCCCAAAAGCCUGGGCCUCGGUUUCCCCAUUAGGCAAGGGCAUAACUUUUCUUAGGUUCUCAAAGGCAGCCAUGACUCCCCUGCUCCGGGGCAUAGAUUUUGGGUCUCUCUCAUCCAUCCCAAACUGAGGUUUUUAGGAUUUCUUUAGAAAGCCCUUUAGAUCAGGUUCCUCUGCUCCUCAAAGGGUAAGUGGACCUAGCUUGCCCCUUCCUGUGACUCCACCCACACCCAUCCCCUAACCCUUAGACCCACCCUCAGAGCUUCUUUCCUUCCAGACUAAAAGCUUCAGCUGAGCUGCACUCACCUUGCCUCUGUGCUCCCUCCCCACUUCUGCUGAACCUGCCCUUGAUUCUCAGAUAUACCCCUUGGAGCCCUUGGCCCACUGAUAAGAGCAGGGGUAUUAUCCGAGUCCAGUUAUGGGGCCAGCUCUCCCCGCACCCAGAAAGCCCUGCCAUCCUUGCCUUCCCUGGACAGAAGCCAAGGAGGGACCUCUCACUCCGUAGGGCUGCCAGGUAUCCACGGGCCUGGAGCUCUUCUGAGGUCCCCAGCCCAUACCUGGAACCUCGUGGAGGGGUUUGGACCUGGGAUGGGGAGCCCAGAAGUAGCUGUGCUUUUGUCCUUUCUAGACUUUUCCUCCAUGGGCCUGCUAGAAGGUCAGGGCAUGCGGUGUGGGAAGAGCACUGGCUUGGGUGUCCUUCAGCUCUGCCACCGACUAGUAUGCUAUGGGAAUGAGUCUCUUCCCUCUGCUCGGCCUCAGGUGCCUUGUCUGUAAAUAGGACAAUCAGCAUGGCUACCUCACAGGUGGUCACAGGAUCCCAACUCUUUCAAGCUGCGAGGGACUCAGGGGUCAUCUUCUCCAGCUGCCCCUCCACCCCCAGUCUCACAGAUGGAGAUUAGAGAGGGAAGGGAUUGCCUAAGAUGACACGGUAUCCAAGCCAGGUGGAGUUCUGUUUGCCAGGCUGCUUCUUCCAUUCUUGCCCCGGGGACCAUUCUAGAGGAGCAAGGACUCGGGCAGCCACUACAGGGCCCCGCCUUCCAGCCCCCAAGCUUCAGAGCCAGGCAGUGCCUUUCAGCAUAGUGCUUGGGGGGCCGAUAAGAAGGCCUGGCUUAACUCUGUCUCCAGCCCUGAGCUGGGAGUGAUAAUGAUGCCCAGCCCUGCCCUGCCCUGCCUGCCCCACCCAGGAGGGCACUGCCGGUGGCUGAGGGUGGGGUAGGGGCUGAUGGGGCAGAGGAGGUUUGCCGCAGUGAGGGAUCAGGGCCCAGAAUCCUACUGUGUCGCAGAGCCCAGGCCCCUGGUCGAAUGACCCUCCUGGGCCCCUGGCCCAGUGCCUCGUACCCAGGUGAUGCUCCCCCAGUGCCCACAUCCUACUCUUUAGUUCCUGUGUGCGGAGUGUGCAGGGCUGAAGGUUUCGCAGGCCCUGUAAUGGGUGACGAAACCUUCACUGAGCACCGCUGGGGCCUGCCCAGGGACAGGGGUUCGUAUGCGCUUUUUUAAUCCUCACAACCCUCUGAAGUUGUCACGUUUUAGAGAUGAGGGAAUCAGAACUAAGCAAAUAGACCUCUUCCCCAGGGUCACACUUCUAAGAGGCACAGCUACAUCUCUUUUAGCCUUCACCACUGCACUGUACUUCUAUAGGCAGUUAUAUAUAUUUUUUUAAUUUUUUUAAUGUUUACUUAUUUUUGAGAGAGAGAGACAGAGUGCAAGUUGGGGAGGGGCAGAGAGAGAGGGGGACAAGGAAUCCAAAG